AUAGGUGUCACUACCCGUUAGUAAAUAGAAAAAAAGUACUCGUCUGAGUCGUCUCCUCUCUCGUUUGUUCCAGUCUGGUUUGCUUUCUCGAACUUGAAAAGAAAUCUACUAUUUGAAAAUACCUGAUUUUCGAGGAUUUAGAUGUUUGUGCAAAUCUGUCGUAGCACGUUUUAAUGUUCGUAGACGUUUGCACAACGUCUACAUUAUCAAAUGGAGGAAAAACAAGACAUUCUUGAAGAAUUAACACUUCCAGGCAAUGUUACUGCAAAAGAUGUGGAAUUUAAGGUAGUUUUUAACAAAAAGAAAUAUGAUGUUAUCUUCAAUCUGGAUUCCACAAUUGCUCAGUUAAAGGAACAUUUGCACACCAUCAUUGGUGUACCAAAAGAAAUGCAAAAACUCAUGGUCAAAGGCCUUGCUCAUGAUGACAAAUCCUUAAGAGAUUCUGGAAUUAUUUCAGGAUCGAAAGUUAUGGUCAUUGGGUCAACAUUUGAUGAUGUUUUAGCUCUCUCUCAUCAAACAGCAACAUGGAUCCCUGAAGAUAAAUUGAAACCAGCAAGUGCUAUUAAAGAACCAUUGUGUCAUCAGAAAAUACAUAAAAAAGUUUUGGACAAAGGACUACCUGAGGAUGUUAUGCCUGGUGUUAAGAAUGCCAAAGAAGGAUUACCACCUCAUCCAUUGAAUGGGAUGUGCAGCCGAGGCAAAGUAAGAUUGACAUUCAAGAUGGAAAAUGACCAAAUCUGGAUAGGAACAAAAGAAAGGACAGAGAAAAUCAGCAUGUCAUCAAUAAAAACCAUUGUGAAUGAGCCAAUAGAAGGACAUGAAGAAUACCACAUUAUUGGAAUUCAGCUUGGUCCUACUGAAGCUUCAAGAUAUUGGAUCUAUUGGAUACCAUGUCAAUAUGUGGAUGCAAUAAAAGAAACUAUUUUAGGGAAGUGGCAUUAUUUUUGAUUAAAAGAUAUGUUCAAUUUCUGGAAAUUGUCACUUGAUUCAAUACUAUUUAUAACUUUUUCUGCUAAUAUAAAUUGAUGAGUUGAGUAUUUCUUAAAUAACAUUUCUAAAUAUGUA